GAACCUGCGUCAGCUUAAGCUGGAGGAAUUUUAAUAAACCCUCCCCUGUAGGCGUGGGCCUAAAUGAGGCUAGCCUAGUUAAGCCUGAUCUUUUUCCGUUUGUGAAAAGAGCUGAGCAGAGCUGAAGGCUGCAUGGUGGUUUCAGAAACUGCCUACUUAAUUUGAAAAGAACAAUGGUAGGAAAGGCUAGAUCUUCCAAUUUUACCUUAUCUGAAAAGCUUGAUUUGCUAAAGCUUGUGAAGCCAUAUGUGAAAAUUCUUGAAGAACACACUAAUAAACAUUCAGUAAUAGUGGAAAAGAAUAGAUGUUGGGAUAUCAUAGCAGUUAACUAUAAUGCAAUUGGAGUAGACCGCCCUCCACGAACAGCGCAGGGCCUACGCACCCUUUACAAAAGACUCAAAGAAUAUGCCAAACAGGAGCUAUUGCAGCAAAAAGAUACCCAAUCAGAUUUUAAAAGCAAUAUUUCUGAGCCAACCAAGAAAGUUAUGGAGAUGAUUCCCCAGAUUUCCAGUUUUUGCCUGGUAAGAGACAGGAACCACAUACAAAGUGCAAACUUGGAUGAGGAAGCACAGGCUGGUACCAGUUCUCUACAAGUAAUGUUGGAUCACCAUCCAGUUGCUAUUACAGUGGAGGUGAAGCAAGAAGAAGACAUUAAACCCCCUCCACUGGUUUUAAAUUCCGAACAGAGUUAUACUUUUGAGCAAAGAGAAGAACAUGAAUUAGUACAUCUUAUGGAAAGAUCUGUGUCGCCAUCACUUUCCUCUGUUGAUGUGAGAAUGACAUUGUCUCCAUCUUCUCUUCCAAGGAGAGAUGACUUUUUUCAUCAUGAGAAUGGAGGACACUUUAGGUCACAAUUAGGGUCUGACCCUCAGAUUCUGCAAAUGCUGAAAGAGGAGCAUCAGAUAAUUUUAGAAAAUCAAAAAAAUUUUGGAUUGUAUGUUCAGGAGAAGAGGGAUGGAUUGAAAAGAAGGCAGCAGCUAGAAGAAGAGUUGCUACAAGCAAAAAUCGAAGUGGAGAAGCUGAAAGCAAUUCGCUUACGGCAUGAUCUGCCUGAAUAUGAUAGUUUCUAAGUUUUUUUUCAGUCUCCCAAUUUGAUAAUUUAAUUUUGGCCAAAUUACUUUCAUUUGGGAAUAUCUUAAAGCAGAAUACAUACUUAAGAAAUAUUUAGUCUCAUUUAAAAAAACUCUUGACAUUUUCUAAUUAUUCAAUUUUCUUUUAAGAUAUAUUAAAACUUACUGAUUAGAUGGCAUGGUUGUGUUUUUUUGUCUUUCCUCAGUUUGUUUUGCUAGGAGUUUAAUUGUUUGCCUUACAAAUGAUGUUAUAUUUUGAUCAUUAAAAUAUAACAUGUAAAUAUAUACACAAAUAUUCUUUCAAAGCUCUGAGUCUUCAACAUUUUAAAUUAGAGCUUUGAAAGCUGUAGUUUAAGGUUCAUAAGUCACUGUAAUUUAGAAGCAAUACUAGUCUAUUAACAGAAACUUGUCUUUAUGACAUUGAUUUUUAUGCUUUCAUUUUUGAAAGGAUUAAGUCCUAUGAUUUUAGUGACUAAAGGUGUUUGGAGAUUAGUUUUUCCCCUACGUCUUCAAUUUAGAAGCUAAUAAAACUGAAGUCCAGGGAGAAUUCAACUUGAUGUAAAAAGCUAUUUAUGGCAGAGCAAGGACCAGCACUGAAUCUUUGUAAUUUUUCUUCUUGCUGUUCCAUAGAAGUAAAGGUCCAUUAAAAUAUCCUCCAUGUAAAAAGUGGAAGUGUUUGUUUCAUUAAAAUUGUUUUUAAAAUUGGGAGGUUAUGAAAUCAGGGGAAUUGUAUUAGUUACCCAAUCCUCCAUUUUUUUUUUCUAGCAAAAUAAGAUACCCUCUUGGGGCUAUUAUAUAUCUUGGCUAUAAGAUUUAAUGUCUUAGUUCAUUUUUAAUGUCUUAUUCUGAAAAAUAUUUCACAGUAAAAAUUUUAAUGAACAAAAUUUAAAUUUUACAUAGAUUAAAAGUAGCAAAAAUAUGUUGAUGGUUUAAAUGAUAUUCUGUAAUGUGUUUUAUAAAUACUGCUAUUUUAGUAUUUAUGGAAAUAAAACAUUCAUUCUUAAAGCACACAUAUUAAGUUUAAAUCUUUAGUAUGUAUAUUACUUAAGGAUUUUGUUUUUGCUGGGGCUUUGUUGAGGAAGUAUUUUUUAAGCCAAGCUUUUGAAUGGGGUAAGUAUAAUUUUAGCAGUAAAGUGGAGAAGAGUUGUUUAAGUCAAAGUGAGUUGCAGGAUGGAGAAAGGCUGGGAAUGGGGAGAAGUGGAUCAUUUGUGUGCAAGCAUGAGUCCAGCGGUAGGCCAGAUGACUUGCUUGACCUUGAGUGUAGAGAGCCGAUUAGGGCAGUGGUAACCUCAACUAGGACAUCUCCCUUGACUAAAUGGGGUAGCUACUGUUUAGCUCCAGGAGAAUUUUUACAUACAAGCAUAAGCCAGAAAUUUGUAUUUUAUGUGACAGUUUUCCAGUUUUAAGAUGUUUGCAAAUAAUUAAAAAUGUUGAAACACUGCACAGACAAAACACAUGAGUGGACCUCAUUCAGCCAGUGGGCUUCGGGUUUGUGGUCUUUGAAGUAGGACAGUGGUUCACCAAGAGUAGAUCCUGACCAGUAGCAUCGGCAUCAUUUGAGAACUUGUGUAAAAUGUAAACUUAUACCUUUUGAAUCAGAAACUCUGGAGGUAGAGUCCAGCAAUUAUUUUAAUAAACCCUGUAUUUUGGAACCUAGCUCAGUGCCUAAAUCAUACUAGAUUCUCAAAAAAUGUUGUUGAAAAGGAGUAAAGGUGAAUUAAGGGAUAUCAAUUUGGAAGUUGGUUGGUGCCAGAUUAUAGAUUACAUGAAAAACUAUUUUUAAGAAAUCAAACCUGAAUGUAUAGUGGGAAGCCAUUGAUGCCUUUUGAUUAACAGAGAGAUAAAUUAGAGUUCCAAGUCAGUGUCUUUUAGGGUGGGCAUUGUAGUGAGAAUAAGUCUGCAAUUUAGGUUAUGGCUGUAGAAAUAGAAAUAAUAAAAAUAAAAUGGACUAUUAAGGUAUUACUUUAGGUUGAAUGCUUAAUUUCAUUGGCAUUUUAUAUCUGCUAUUAAGAGUUCAAUAUUUUAUAAAAAUGCCUUGAAUAUUUAUUAUGCUAUAUCCUUUUGACAAUUUUAUCAUCUUUAAUCUUCUAUGACUUUGAGUCUAAUGAAUUUUCUAUAAUUCUAAUUUGAGGUAAUGUUUUUAUAGUAGAGUUCCAGUAAAUGCGUUCUUACAAUAGUCAGCUUUAAGUUUUUGAGGUUAUUGAAAACAAAUUACUACAUAUAAAGUAAUUCAUAUUGCAGUCUGAGCGUGCUACUUCUUAGAAUUGAUGAUGAAUGUUUAAUUUGAAUAUUGACUUUGUGCAGCUAAAUCAGAGUUUUCCAAAGUGUGUUCUGUGGAACAUUAAUUCUGUGAGAUGUUGCUAGGAAAGAGUUCUGGUUCAAAAUAGUGCAACAUACGCCCUGGCUGGUGUGACUUAGAGAAUUGAGUGCCAACCUACAAACUGAAAGGUCGCUGGUUCGAUUCCCAGUCAGGACACAUGCCUGGGUUGUGGGCUCAGUCCCCCAGUGGGGACAAGUAAGAGGCAACCGUUAAAUGUAUAUCUCUCACACAUUGAUGUUUCUCUGCCUCUCUUUCUCCCUCCCUUCCCCUCACUCUAAAAAUAAACAAAAAUCUAAAAAAAAAAAAAUGCAGCAUACAUCUUUUUUGGUGAUUAGGUUCUAAAAUCAGUGUCAAAGGUAAAAAUGUACAUACAAAAUUGCCCUUGAAAAUUCUGCUGUCUAUAAAAUAGUUGUAAACAUAGUCUGUGACAGUCAGAUUUUUUUCUAGCAUUGUGUUGUUUCUUUAGUUGUAUCAGAGGGCAAAUUCAUUAACAUUUAGGGACUGAGUAGAAUAAAACAGCCUAUUUUUAUAUAUUUUUAAACCCCAGUAUCUCACUCAUUGCAGUGAAUUUACAAUAGCAGUUUUUCCAAUCAGUCUUGUGUAAUUUUAAUUUGUAAAAAUUUAAGUGCUUAUGAUUCUGUUCCAUUUUAUAACCACUCUUCCAUCCAUGCAACCAUAAUUAGCAUAGUUUAUGAAAAUUCCAGUAUAAAGAAAAUUUGACUGUUAAACUUUUUUUUUUGGAGGUUCUUAUUGUCAUUUUGUGUAAUAGCUUAGGAAGAUUCUGAGCUAAACAUUUUUUUCUUUGUCUUUUUGACAUUCAGACUUUUUUGAGUUUUUUGACUACUUAGCAACUUAGCAGUUUUCACUGAAGGCAACUUUUACUAAGCGGAAUGUGUAAGGGAGAAUUCUGCUAGUACUAAUGGAAUAUAACUAAAGCCACCAGACAUCCUACAUACUGUGGAGAACUGUUUGGGGCCGUGAGAUUGACCUAUGAAAUGUGCUGGGAAGACAUAGGGAAGAGUGAUUUGAUUUUUAAAAUGUAGACUAAUUUUGUGUAAGUAUAUUAAAUUUGAAAAUCUAAGUCAAAUUACUAUUUCACCCAAUAUAUUAGUACUUUAAAUAGUGGAUAGGUUAUUUUUAGCACCUCCCCAUAUGUUUUCUUACCCAUAUGAACUUAAAUUGUACAUUAUUUUUACAACUUCUGUUUUCCUAAACUAGGUAUGAUUUAUAAUGGCAUCCUAGAAAAGAUAAUGAAGCUCUUCCAUUUCUUAAGAUGCCAGCAGAUUUCUUAAAAUAUUCAAAUCAAGUACUUUUAUGUAUAAUGAGACAUCAACUUGGUAUUAUUUCAUUUUUGAAGGAUUCACUCUCCUUUUGCAUCUUAGAUAGAAAUGUGUAAAAUAUGAAUUAUUUUUCAUGUGUGGCCUUUUAAUGUUGAAUUUUAAAAAGACAUGUUUGAAUAAUUUAGAGCGUGAUAAAAUGUGUUUAAUAUAUGCUGUUCAUGAUGGUGGUUAAAUGUUCUUUUAAAUAUAAGGUAAUACAUUGUACUGAUUUGUGGGUACUUGCUUUUUGUGUCAUAAAACAAUUCAGUUCUGUUGAGGUAAAAUUUUAAUGAUGAGAUAUAAUUGAAAUAUAUAUAUACAGGUGAUUGUGUUACAGUAGAUACCAAGUGUACCAUGUUUAAAUAUCAUAAUAUAUCUUUCAAAUAUUAAGAUCCACAAAUUCUCAAAAUCAAUUAAAUAUUUGAUAUUAAAUUUGAUUGUAAAUACUUCAAAAUAAUUAGAUGAAAUAUGGUUGCAGUACUUAAUACAAAAGAUUAAAUGCUUAAAAUACGCAACCUAGUUAAUCAUUAACAGUUACGCUAAAUCUUUACAUAUGAUUUUGAUUUGUUUGAUUAAAACUAGUAAUUAGAAUAUGAAUAUUAUUUACUUUUCAUUGGUUUGUAAAUAGUGGAAAGCAAAGUAAAUAAGAAAAAAAUACUGCCUAAUUCAGCCCAAAUAAUUUAAACUAAAAUGUAUAGGUCAUUAGACUUAUACUUUAUUAAUAUAAGUCUAAAUGACUUUGUUAGUAUAAGUCUAAAUGUUUUCAUGUUUUAAAAUUAUGUGUGAAUUCACUUCUGUUACAGAGAUCAAGAAAGUCUUCAAACAUAAAGAAAAAGUCAGGAGUAUUUUACAGUAAACAUUCAUAUGUCUAUCACUGAAAUUCUGCAAUUUUUUAUUGUAUUUGCUUUAUCAUAUAUUUAUCCAUUCAUCCACCCAUCAACUCAUUUUUAAAAGAACACAAACAAGUUGCAGAAUUAGAAUACUUCUAAACACUUCAGUAUGAAUGUUAUAAAUUGGAGUUCAAUAUUUAUUUGUAUAUGUAUUUUUUUAAAGGUAAGAUUUGUAAACAGUGAAAUGCAGAAAACUUCAAUGAUGAUUUUUGACAGCUGACUACACCUUUUUAGCUUAACUCCCUCUUAAAUUCAGAACAUUAUCCUCACUAUGGGUAAUCUUCUCAUUUCCCCUUCUAAUCAGUCCUCUGGCACUUUAGGCAACCACUGUUCUGAUUUUUAGAAAAUCGUAAGCUUUGCCUGUUCUAGAACUUCAUACAGUACGUACCCCUUGUUUCUGUUCUUUCACCCAUCUUAACAUUUUACUAUUCACUCCUGUUCAUCCAUCUUGUCAGUAGUUCAUUGCUUUUUGUUGCUGAGUAGUGUCCGUUGUAUAAAUAUACCACAGUUGGUUUAUCUUUUGAUGUAUUUCCGGGCAAUUUCCAGAUUUUGGCUAUUGUGUAUGACGGUUCUAUGAAUAUUCUUGUAUAAAUUAGCUAUGGACAUAAUGUUGGAUUAGGAAAGUUAUAUGGUUAAUUUUUUAAACAACUGCUAAAUUUUUUCCCAAGUGAUUAUACCAUUUAAACUUCCAUUUACAGUGUAUGGUUUCUUUUUUAAAAUAAAAAUUUGCAUGUUCCGUGAUUCGAAUGUCAGAAUUGGAAUUGAUGAGUAACUUUUUUGAUCUUUAAAUGGAUUGAAAAUGCUAGGCAGACAGUUUAGAUAUUUGGAAAUGUUGUAGUUUUAUGUACUUUUUUCUACUUUAGCAUUCAUUGCAUAUACGCUUUGACAAGAGGUAUUGAGGGAUGUGAUGAAAUGUAUAGUCCUUGUCAUUCUCAUAAAGUAUCAUUCUGAAAAUGACCUUUGAUGCAAAGAAAUAUCUUCUAGGUUUAUUUUAUAUAGAAUGAUACUUGUAUUUAGUUGACAUUCAGUCUCUUAUUAGGUAAACAAUGAAUGAUUACCAGUUUAAAGGAAUUUAUGAAUUAAUGUUUGUACAUUUUUACUGUAAUAAAACCUAUGUUUCAA